AUGUGUUAAUGUUUUCAAGGAGAACACCACCUUGUAGCUCCCGCUGUUAUUGAACUAGCACGUAUUUGAGCCCCGGAAGUGUGAGCUCAGAGUAUGACGCAAGCUCGUACACCGCCCGCAGACAUGAAAAAGUUCAAGAAAUUGGCGUUGAGAAUAAAGAAUAUCAAAGCAGUGAAUAUGGACAAAUCGAUUUCAUGUCAAGUCUCCCCUAAUUUUACACGAUCAAAGAUCUCGGCGGUGGAUCCUGACGAGGACGGCGAAGGAGAACACGACGGCGACAAAGGAUGCGAAAGCGGGAAAGAGGAUAUCAAGAAGACAGGGACAGUGAGCGACGAGCGAGUAGAGAACCAAAUCAUGAUCUGUGUUUGGUUUUGUUUCCAUGGCUCCGACCGUCAGACGACAUCACCUGAAAAUCUUGUGUUUCGUCAAUCACAAGCAAAGUUGAGACAUGGACAAGCGUUGCACAAUGUAGAAGCCGAGAAGGAUAGAAAUGCGUUGUUGUCUCCUCAUCUUUUUGAUGCCCCGCUUACCGAUCAUGGUCACCAACAGGUUGAGAAUCUCCGCGAACGAGUUGUUUCAAGCGGGCUACUAAAGAGGGUUGAGCUAGUUGUAACUUCUCCGUUGUUUAGAACUAUGCAAACCGCAGUUGGAGUUUUUGGAAAUGAAUACGAACAACCGAGUAUGACAAAUAGCCCUCCCAUUUUGGCACUUGAGGUUGCUCGAGACCGUAAUAUUGAAAGUGAAGAGGACAACCUAUGGAGACCGGAUGUUAGAGAGUCUGAAGAAGAGAUUUUGGCAAGAGGGUUAGAGUUCAUGAAAUGGUUAUGGAAGAGACCAGAGAAGGAGGUCGCAGUUGUUAGCCAUGGAAUAGUUUUGCAGCAUAUGUUGUAUGUGUUCGCAAACGAUUGUGACGAGUCAAUUAGACAUGAACUUUGCAAGAGGUUUGCUAAUUGCGAAAUUCGUACUGUCGUGAUUGUAGACAAAGGAUACAUGGAUUUAUGUGGAGCUAUGUUGCGCCUCUCAUCGCCUAAUUUCAAAACCCUUCAUUUGGUGAGGCAUGCACAAGGAAUCCACAAUAUAGCAUUAGAAGAGGAGGGAGAGAAACCUGAAUCAGAAAAGCUUUUUGAUGCCCACCUCUCUCCAAAAGGUUUGCAACAGGUUUCUGAAAGGCGCAACCAAAUCCUUGAAUCAGGAUUACUAAACACUAUCGAGUUAGUGAUUACCUCUCCGCUGCGCAGAGCAAUGGAAACUUCAAUAGGAAUAUUUAGGGGCCAAGAUGUAAAUAUAUCCGACGACUUUCCAAAAGCUAACAACUUCCCUCCAAUUGUAGCACUUGAGAUCUGUAGAGAACGAAUGGGACUCUAUCCGUGUGAUCGUAGAGCAAGUAUAAGUACUCGCAGCACUUGUUUUCCUGAGAUCGACUUUACAAUGGUGAUAGAGAGUGAUGAAGAUGCUCUAUGGCAAGACAAGGAAAGGGAAAAACUAGAGGAUGUUGCUACUAGAGGUCUUCACUUUGUUAAAUGGUUAUGGGAGAGACCAGAAAACGAAAUAGCAAUUGUGAGCCAUGGGAUUUUCUUGCAACAAACACUUCGUGCGCUGCAUGAAAAAGUUGGCAUACCUCUUGAAGAUAGUCUCCUUACUAGGUUUGCCAAUUGUGAACUCCGGUCCAUUCGGAUAGAAAAGAGUGACAUGGAAGCGGAUACAUUAACGACUUGCAAUUGUAGAAAUUACGUUACUCCACCUUCAACUUCCAUUCACACGCUUGAAUAGAAGGCAUGUAUGUGUACGAACUGUGUUUUCUUUUCCAAGCUACACACAUGGAGAUUCCAACCAAUGAGUAUGUCCCCGGACAACCACAAUGGUUACUCAACUAAGAAGCAAGUCCUUCAAAGACACAGCUUUGAAGCUAAUAUAUAUCCCAUUACCAA